AUGGCUCAUAUUUUACGGCUACCUGUUGAGAUCCAACUCGAGAUCUAUAAGCAUAUAACCAACAUAGAUGAUGCUCUUCACCUCGCCCGUACCUGCAAGGUUUUGAGUUCCGCCUUCGAAGCUCCCUCAAACAGACAGGAUAUCUUCAGAUCCAUCAUUCACAAUGGUUUGCACCACAAGUAUGACGUGCAUUUACAUGUUAAGGAAGGCCAAUAUGCAGACUUUGUGGUCAAUUACGAAUAUGGAAGACUGCCUGAUUACCACAAUCGCCCACUUGUUCAAGGCGAACCGCAAGUCGACCCCGAAAUUUCUACUAAACUGCCUGCUGAAGUCGUAUGGUCUAUUGUUUGUCGAUGGCAUGCCAUGAAAGUCCUCUUUGACCUCUACUUCGACUCCGCUAUCCGCCCAUUUUACCUCCAGUCUGUAAUACCGUGGCGGACCGAUCAGCGGGAUCACUGGUAUGUGGAGUUAGCAUACGAGACUCCGAUGCCACCUCCUUCAGGUCGUGACAUCGAGUCUCUCCAAACUGCUGAAAAGCAACGAGCCUACGAGCGGUUUUACCGGGGACUGUGUUCCCAUUGGAUCACGGUGGAUGAAAUCUGGCUCGCGCGAAUCUCACGCUAUCCAACAUCUAUACUUCGGUUGUACAUUUUUGAGAGAAUCCGGGAUCGUUGGGAAGAUCAUCCUGCACGUGAUGUACGAGAAAAACUCCAGGCUGUUGAGAUAAUAGAGUUUGUCUGGGGGUUUCUAGGCCGGAAAAUAUUCCGGGAUCCUGAGCGACUUUCCGACUGGCUCCUUGGAAAAGACGCGAAAGAACAAUUUCUUGACUCUUUCGAGAGGAGUGAAAGCUGGCUGUAUUUAGUCCGCAUGAGUUCUAACUAUCUUCGUCCACCACAAAUUAUCGAGCUUUUGGGUGACAUGUGGAAUCCUCGAAGUAGACCUUUUAACAAAGCAACUUAUCUUCAUAGUACAGGUUUGUUUGACCGCGAUUCACGGGACGGGUUCUCAGAAGAUGAGAACAUGAUAUCUUUAAACACCUUUUAUGAGCUGGAGGAGAUAGAAGCAGACGGCAUGAGGCAGCUUUUCAAGCACUAUCGAGUCGAGAAAGAUCCAGAAAAUGUCAAGUAUGGAAGCCCGUGGAGAAGACAGAACCCAGCGAACAACCGCACCUACGAAUGA